CGCCGCCUGGCGGCUGCUACCGACCUACCGCUGCGAAGUUGGCGGAGGAGCAGUCGGGCGCAGGAAAACUGUUGCUUUCUACCCUCCCAACUCUGCCUAAGGGAAUACUCUUGAAGCCCGUGGUAAAGCUGAAGCUUAUGAGGCGACGCAGAUGUUUUACUGAUUCUGGCAACUCCUGUGUUUGUUCAGAAAACAUGAGCUGAGCUCUUGCUGCGAUUCAGGGCCUGCUCUGGGUAGUGAGGACACAGCCACGCCCCGUGCAGAGUGCUUCCCCCUCCUAGAAGCUGUGCAGCGCCCAGAUGGUGCUAGGCCCAACUGGUUCUGCCUACCUCGGACUCAGAACUUUUGAUACAUGAAGGAAAGAGCAUUUGCCCCCCGCAUGCUGACCUUCUUAUUGAGACCUGUGGGCAUCCUGUACCUGUCUUCAGGGUUACUGGUAAUAGCUCAAUUUGGAGGAGACUUCUCACCCAGGAUGAAUCAAGUUUUCUUGACUCCCUCCCACAUGGUGAAUCGCAAUGUGGGUCUGAAAGUUGAAGGCUCAAGCUUCACACUAGAUGGCUCUCCUUUCCUGAUCAUAGCAGGUACUAUUCACUAUUUCCGGGUGCCCAGGGAGUACUGGAGGGACCGCUUGCUGAAGCUGAAGGCCUGUGGCUUCAACACCCUUACCACGCAUAUUCCCUGGAACCUUCAUGAGCCAAGAAAAGGAUGGUUUUAUUUUACUGCAAAUCUGGAUUUCAUGACUUUUAUAGCCAUGGCUUCGGAGGUGGGGCUGUGGGUCAUUCUGUGUCCAGGCCCCUAUAUUGGGAGCGACUUAGACCUUGGAGGCUUACCCAGCUGGUUACUCCAGGAUCCAAAAAUGAAGCUGCGAACAACUUACAGGGGCUUCACUAAAGCAGUGAAUCACUAUUUUGAUAAUCCCAAGAUAGUACAACUCCAGUAUGGAAAGGGAGGCCCCAUCAUUGCUCUGCAGGUUGAGAAUGAAUAUGGUUCAUAUCAUCAGGAUAGAAGAUACAUGUCAUAUAUUAAAAAGGCCCUGAUCACAAGAGGGAUCAAGGUGUUACUUAUGACUGCUGAUAAUGGAGAUGAACUGAAAAGAGGCCACUUAAAACGGGUACUUUCCACUGUCCACAUGAAACAUAUAAAGAAAGAAACUUACGAUACGCUCUUAUCAAUUCAGGGUCGUAGCCCCAUACUGAUGAUGGUGUAUACAGCAAGCUCUUUGGACGGAUGGGGCACUUCCCCCCAUUCUGUGGAUUCACAUUUGUUAAUGAGAGACGUGCGUGAAAUGUUCAACGCUAGUUUCUCCCUCAACUUCUACAUGUUCCAUGGUGGCACCAACUUCGGCUUCAUGGGUGGAUCUGCAUCUUUGGACCAUUACCUCUCUAUGAUCACAAGCUAUGAUUAUGGGGCACUCCUGACAGAGAACGGAGAACAUACAACUGAGUACCUUGCAUAUCAAGAGUUUUUUAGCUCUUCUUUGGGGAUUCCCAAGCCUCCCCACCGAGAUACUAUACCUAUGGCUAUAUAUAAGUUGGUGGUAACAGCAUACUACAUGUCACUAUGGGAUGUCAUGCCCUACUUGGAGGAGCCCAUCAGCUCUGUCAAGCCAAUCUGCAUGGAGAAGCUGUCCGUGAACCAGGGGAAUGGUCAGUCCUCUGGAUACAUACUUUAUGAGACUGUGGUCACCACCAGUGGCCUCCUCACCACGAAGGGUCAUGUUCAAGAUCGAGGUCAGGUGUUUUUGGAUGAGGAGUUUUUAGGGGUCCUGGACCAUUCCACUCAUCAGCUGACUAUUCCCAGGAAAAUGGUCUACAAGGAUAACCCAACACUGAGGAUCCUGGUGGAGAAUCAAGGCCGCCUUGCCUAUGGGCAGGAUAUUAAUAAGGAGAGAAAAGGUCUAAUUGGGGAUAUCUAUCUGAACAAUUUUCCUUUAAGAAAAUUUAAAAUCUAUAGCCUGGAUCUGAAAACUCAGUUUCUACAAAGGGACCUUCCUAACAUCUGGAAACCAGCCUCAUUCAAACAUCGGGGCCCUGCCUUCUUCCUUGGUAUCCUGAGAAUGGGUAAUUACCCCAGAGAUACCUUCAUAAAAAUGGAGGGCUGGACAAAAGGUGUAAUAUUCAUCAAUGGACGAAAUCUGGGACGCUACUGGAAUAUAGGUCCCCAGGAGACCCUCUACCUUCCAGGACCCUGGCUUCAUCCUGGAUCAAAUGAGAUCAUUGUGUUUGAGGAAUUUAAACCUGGCCUGGAGAUCCACUUCACAAACAUAUCUCAUCUAGGAUACUGAAUCUUGAGUAUUAUGACAUAACAUAGGAAAUUGAUUGAGAUGAGUCACUUCAACAGUGGGGCUGUGAGUAACCUACUCAUCCUGACAUGUUGCUGGAACUACCCUGGCUUCUCCACUUACCCAAUCCCUGCUUUGAGUCUACCAUCCUCUUCCUAAUUUGCUAGUACAUUCCUCUUUUGGCAUAGGUUAGCUAACCUUUUUCUGAUGCUCAUAACAAAAUAGACCUACUUAGUGCAUACCCCUUGUCAUAUUGCUACAAUAAAGGCUGUUUGACCACCAAAUAAAAUGCUGAAAAAAUGAGAUGCUCAGAAUACUUGACCCCACAAAUGUAAAUUUGAAGCAAAAGUGAUCUUUUGAAGAAAUCAAAUAAAAUGUAAACAUUAAUGCA